UCGGCGAUACAAGGGGUGAAAUCAUUCGCGGCGUCGUAAUACUUUUACACGGCUCCGUAGUAGGUCAGCUCCCGAGGGACACUCGGUCACUCGGUCGAGUAUAUCUACCCCUUCGAAUCUCAAUCCACUUUAUACAAGAUUGUUUGUAAACUCGAGCUCGUUAUCGGCCUGAUUUCUAUACUUAUAACUAGGCUGACCGAAUCGUGGGCUACUUUUCGUGUCGCGCAUCGAAAGCACACACAAAUAUCCCCCUCGACAUUGACGAUCCUUCAAACGAGCUUCAAUCGAGCGGCUAACGAGUUUUUUGCAAUCGCGACGAGAGGCUAUAAAAGUACGAUUGAAAGUUUGGCAUAAAUUAAACGCUCCCCGAACGAUAAAUAAUCCAGGCAGUUCAGCGCAGUCAUUCAUCGAUUUCCGCUGCCGAGUGCGCGCGCGGCGACAAUUAUGAAAAAAGCAUUACAGAGCCCCGUGGAAAUUUCGAAUCCAUAACGAAGGAAAAAUAAUAACUGGUGGUUCAACGGUCGCGCGCAGGUUCAAGGCCUCGGUUUCGUGAAGGGCUGGGUUAUUAAACUCCGGAGAAUCGUGUGUGUGCGCGCACGCGUUUCGAGUAUGGAACCAUGUGUUGACCUUGAUAUUUAUCUACAUGUGUGCGAGCUUUACGUGCAGCCGGCGUGUAGUCUUCUCUUUCGUCAUUUUUUUUUUUUUUUUUUUUUUUUUUUUACGGCCGAGAGAGAAUUUUCGAGGCUGCGCGCACACGUGUCUACGCGUGAGAAUUUUCUCUCACUUUUCCCCAAAAGAGCGAGUUGUGCAUUAGGGAAGAUUUCCCGCAGACGCGAACGACGAAGAUGAACGAGGGAAAUUAAUAACGGCCGUAGUAGAGCUCGAAUCGUAAAUGAUGCGCAAAAAUUGUCCCGGCGUCUUUGACAUGAGCGAGUCCGUCAAGGUGGCGGUGAGAUGCCGCCCUAUGUCACAGAAGGAGCUCCAGAACAAGUGUCGGAGCGUGGUAUCGGUGGACCCGAGCUCGCGCACCUGUUCCCUAGCGGAGGGCGCGAGCCAGGGCAAGAGUUACCAGUUCGACGCGACCUUCGGCCCGGAAGCCUCGACGGAGGCCGUCUACGAGGAGGUCGGCUCCUACGUCGUCGAAGCCGUCCUCGAGGGCUACAAUGGCACGGUCUUCGCUUACGGGCAGACCGGCUGCGGCAAGUCCCACACGAUGCGGGGAUUCAUCGAGAAGGCCCUGGAGCACCUCUUCGAGGCCACUUCGACCGCGGCCGAGGACACGAGAUACCUGGCGCUGCUGACCUACCUCGAGAUUUACAACGAGAAGCUGAAGGACCUCCUGCAGUCCGGGGGUAACGAGAACCAGCUGCAGCUUAAGGAAGAUCCAGUGCGCGGAACCUACGUGGCCGGUGGUCUCCGUGAGCUCACAGUCAAGGACGCCCGAGAAUGCGCCCGUCUGGUGGAACAGGGCGACCGUCGUCGAGCAGCAGCCGCGACGAAGAUGAACGCGGCCUCGUCCCGAAGUCACGCCGUCCUCACCAUCUGCCUCGAAGCCAUCGCUAUCGAGGGCGAGUCCGGGGCGGUUCGUCGAGGUCGACUCCACCUCGUCGACUUGGCCGGCUCCGAGAGGCAGGGCCGAACCGGAGCCGCCGGGGACAGGCUCAAGGAGGCGGCCAGCAUAAACUUGAGCCUGUCCGCGCUGGGGAACGUUAUCAGCGCUCUGGCGGCUGGUAACGGCAGACACGUGCCCUACAGGGACAGCAAACUCACGAGGCUGCUGCGGGACAGUCUGGGCGGCAACGCCAGGACGCUGAUGAUCGCGUGCGUGAGCCCGAGCGACGUCGACGCCGAGGAGAGCCUGAGCACCCUGCGCUACGCCGCCCGAGCGAGGUGCAUCAAGAACAAGCCGAUCGUCAACGAGGACCCCAAGGACGCGCUGCUCAGGCAGUACCAGAUCGAGCUGCAGAGGCUGCGCAAACUCCUCGAGUCGAGCGAGAGUCGGGACCAGAUUCUCACGCUGCCGGAGCCGAAGAUCGCCUUCGUGGAGGAGGUGCAACCGGCCUCGCAGCAGCAGCAGCAGCAGCAGUUCAACGGAGAUAACGCUAACGUUCUAGUGCUGGACUCCUCCCCGAGCAAGGGAUCCGAGGCCGACCCGGAGCGCGAGGAGCGUCGCCUGAGGAAGCGCGAAGCGGCCAAGCAGGAGGUCCUCCGACGUCUCGAGCGACUGACCAUCGGCGGCGAGGCCCUGGGCGACGCGGAGAUCCGCCGGCGUCGAGAGCGUCGCCGAAAGCGUCUCCAGGCUCUAGCCGAGGCCCUGGAGCGCAGCAGCCAGGAGGGCAACGGCGGAGCCUUCGAGGUCUACGGCCAGCUCAAGUCCACCGAGGACGCCCUCAAGCGCAUGGCCAAGCGAGCCAAGCAGCUGGAGGCCGAGGCGGCGGACCUGCAGGCUUCCUGGGACGAGGAGAGGCGGGAGCUGCUGCGCCGCGAGCUCUUGGCCCAGCAGAUCUGCGAGGCGAUGAUCCCGCACCUCAGGCCCGGCUGUCCUCUGCGCGACGUCGCUGCCGUCCGAGCCGCCGCCUCCUGGUGCACCGAACUCGGCCGCUGGCGACUGCCCGACCUGUCGUCCAACUCCUCGAGGAUACCCCUGCCGCCGGCCUCGCUCCAGAGCCCGCCACCUCCGGAGAUCAAGGCCGACCUGAACAACAACCACGACCACCCGAGCGCCGGCAACGACAGCAGCCUCGAGGAGGAGGAGGAGGAGGCGGAGGAGGAGAGCCUCAGCGAGGAGCCCAUCAACGAGCCCGAGCCGCUCAACAGGCGCGUCAACAUCGCCGACGUCUACUUCAAGCGGAACCGCAUCGACAAGAUCCUCGCCCACGUGAGGGAGGCCAAAACCUUCGACGCGUCUUCCGGCCGACUCAGCAAGUCCGGCAGUUCCUCGGAGGAGCUGAACCCGUCGCAGCAGGUCCAGCCGCCUCAGCAGCAGGUACACCCGGUGCAGCUGGGCUCGCUGGGCUCUCUGAACCUCACCAGCGGCUGGUUGGCCGAGGAUCUGCCACCUCCGACGGCCGACGUCGAGACCGGCACGCCCCCGCCUAUCUUCGGAGGACUGAAGCGCAACAACCUCAUCCAGCCGAUCCACCAUCCCAGGAUCCUCGAAGCUCUGCCCUCGUAUCCUCGCAUAACGGCCUCGACUCUGCCUCAGAGGCUCCAGGGGCCGAUCUCUUAAUGAUCCGUAUACAUAUACGCAACGAUUUAUUUGACUUUUUACGAGACGAGGGAAAAACUUGCGUGGUCAUCUCUCCUUGUUUUUAGAAAAAAAAUUCAUUAGCCGAGUUGCAUAAACAAGUUCAGAUACGAGCGUUAUAAGCGGCGUACGUAUUUCGAUUCAAGUUCGAACAAGUCGAACGAUGUAUGAGACUCGCUAUAAUUUGAUGGAAUGUACGCGGUAGGCUGUAUAACGUAUAAGGUCGUUAAGUUUUUCGAGAUUUCGAGCGCGGGCUGCUCGUCUCUCGCUCUCUACAUAACAUGUUUAUUAUAACACGUUGACCGUCUAUACAUAUGCGCGUGUGCGCGCGAGCGCGCGAGGUUGACGCAUCGGAUCGAGCCUUUCCGUUACGAUAUGUACAUAAAGAAUGUGAACUGCGCGCAGGAAAGUUGGAGAAAAAAAUUUCAUAUUCACACAUGUUUAUAUUAAUCGCUGCGAAUAUUAUUGUAUUAUAUAUAAGGCAUAUUCUCCCACACUACUCGCACACCUGUUGUAAAUAUAUAGAAAGGCCAUAUGUGUACACAUGUGUAAAUUUUGUAGAUAUCCGAAAUUGUCGUCAGGCUAAAUAAUGGAAACGAAAUAAACGAUAUCUUUAAAUAUA